UUUUUUUUUUUUUUUUGAUGUCAUAUUGAGUCUCAAAAAAAAAAUUUUUUUUUUCUUGUAUUCCUUCUUCCUAAUUACACAAUGGACAGAAAAAGCCAAGAUUUUCAAAAAAGAGAGGCUGCAUAUGAGGCCAUUAAGAAGCAAUAUAAGUCACUCUAUAAAAAAAAGGCAGAUAUAUUAACCUUGAAGAAGAACCCGGAUCAACCGACAUGCUGGCCAUUGAAAUUUACGUUAUUGAAUAAUGAAAGUUUAAAUGGGGAUUACGUUUCAAAAUUAUCUCGUUCUAGGCCUACUAAAAGACUUAAAGUGCAACUUUAUAACGAUUCGUAUGAGUCGUAUAAGGCGAGAAUUAUGCGGAUGGCUAGGACAAUGACCCGUAGGAAAAAGAAUAUCCUGGCAGAGGAUUUUAUAGACGAAUUCGUCAGCCAUUUCUUAACGAACGAAUUAAAGCCGAAACCCCGAACAGAAAUGAAUGAAAAAGCCGUGGAGUUUAUACAGGAUGCCUCUGUAGAUCUAAUAGAUAAUGUAUUAUUAAAUAUGGUUAAUUCACACACUGAAGGGGAAGGCUCAUUUGAUUGGGAAUUUACGAUGGGAAACUUGCUCUCACUUGGCCUACCCACCUGUGUCACUGACAGAGUGAAACGACGUAUGGAAUCCACCACUGGUAAAAACGUACCAGCCAUUACCGCGAUGAUGGUUACACGGCCAAGUUUAUCAGAUCUUACAAUCACGUCCGCAGAAGUGGAAAUGAAGAAAGAGAUUGAGAAAUUAAUCAUAAAAAAUGAAAGGUUUGAAUCAUUGCCAGAGGAUCAACCAUUUGAGGACUCUGUGAAAUGGUUAAUGGACUUGGAUAAGAAAGAUCAGUGUGCUAAAGAUAAAGAAAUUGAAAAGAUUCAUCAAGAUUACACAACGCGCAUUCUAGAUUAUAAACCAGCCUUCUUCUAGGUGCUACUGUCGUUCUUUUUUCUUUUUUAAAUGCCAGCGAAAAAUAAAGUUACAACCCAUUUUAUUUGCCCGUUCAUAU